AUGAUCCGAUUAGCGCUAAUUUUCACCAUUCUACUCAUUUGUUUCUCGAUUCUUUCCGGCGCCGAUGAAACUUUCGAUGUCCGGCGUCAUCUUGCCACUGUCUCGCGAUAUGGUGUUAUUCAGGAGAUGGCAAGCGAUUCAUUCGUACCAUCACAAAUACCAGAUGAGUGUACGCCGAUACAUUUAAAUCUUGUGGCAAGGCAUGGGACUCGAGCUCCAACCAAAAAAAAGAUGAAGGAGUUUGAUGCCUUAGAAUCCCGCAUGGAAUACCUCUUGCAAGAACUGAAAGAGCAAAAGGAGUCUUUAAACAAGAUCCCCGCCUGGUUAUGGGAAUGGAAAUCUCCUUGGAAAGGGAAGCGCACUGGUGGAGAGUUGAUUCGUCAAGGGGAAGAUGACCUGUACCAUCUCGGUAUUAGAAUCAGAGAAAAGUUCCCGCAAUUGUUUGAUGAGGACUAUCAUCCUGACAUAUAUCCUAUAAAAGCCACACAGGUUCCUCGGGCCUCUGCUAGUGCCGUGGCGUUUGGCAUGGGACUCUUCAGUGGAAAAGGAAAUCUAGGUCCCGGACGUCAUCGUGCAUUUUCUGUGAUAAGUGAAAGCCGUGCUAGUGAUACAAUGUUGAGGUUUCAUGAUUGUUGUCAGAAUUACAAGGGUUUUAGGAAAAGUCAGGCACCUGCUGUUGAUAAACUCAAGGAACCUGUCUUGGACGAAAUAACAGGUGAAUUAGUUCGCCGUUAUGGGCUCAAUUUCACAAGAAAGGAUACAUCGUCGUUGUGGUCUCUGUGCAAACAGGAAGCUUCUUUGCUGGAGAUUACCAACCAAGCUUGUGCAUUAUUUACUCCUUCAGAGGUCGCCUUGUUGGAGUGGACUGAUGACCUUGAGACAUUCAUACUGAAAGGCUAUGGUAAUUCAUUAAACUAUAGAAUGGGAGUGCCUUUGCUGCAAGAUGUUAUCCAGUCAAUGGAGCAAGCAAUUAAUGCCAAGGAAGAAGGAUAUGUUACUGGAAGUUUUGAGAAGGCACGGAUGCGUGUUGCGCAUGCAGAAACUUUGGUUCCCUUUUCAUGUUUGCUCGGCCUGUUUCUUGAAGGACCUGAAUUCGAGCAAAUCUUAAGAGAAGAAUCUUUACAACUCCCUCCAAAGCCUUCACAAAGGAGGAAUUGGCGGAGCAAUGUUGUGGCACCAUUUGCUGGAAAUAACAUAUUAGUGCUUUAUGGCUGCCAAAAUGACAAAUCUACGAGAUAUUUUGUACACGUACUGCAUAAUGAACACCCAGUUCCACUUCCGGGUUGUAAUAAUUCGGAUUUCUGUCCAUUUGAAGUAUUCAAGCAAGUAAUUGCCGCACCACAUUUGAAGCAUAACUAUGAGACCCUGUGCAAUGCAAAUGAGAAGUCAGAGGAAAAACUUACAACCACACCAAGAAGCUGGUUAUCAAGUGUUUUUGCAUGGCUUUGCAGUUGGAAGAAAGUUGACGUUCCUGCCUAUUCUGAACUCUAA